AUGGCUCAAGAAGAUUAUAACCUGGACAUGAACACAGAGUCUGUGGAGCUAACCUACUCAUUACAACAGAUGGCUCCAGACCUUCCUCCUAUUCAUGUUACAAGUGAUAGACAAGUUCGAAACUUGCUCGAGAUAACUAAAACGCAUGAAGGGGAUGAAGCUGAGGAGGGGCAUGAAGCUGAAGUGGGGGAUAAAGCUGAGGAUCAUGAUGGGGAGGAGGAUGCUGACAUCCCUGUUGUUGCUGAUGCUGAGGAUUAUAGUGAGUAUGGAAAGGUUAAAGAUGAGGAUGAGGAAGAAGAUGAUGAAAUCUACAGAAUCUAUGUCAACCAGAGUUUUGCUAGUAAGGAUGCAGUGCUUUCAGAGUUGCGGUUGACAGCGGUGAGGCGUAGGUUCUCCUUCAGAAUAUUCAAGUCAACGAAAACUCUGUUUGUGGCAACAUGUCGUGUUAGUGGUUGUCAAUGGAAGGUCCGAGCAAGUGUGAAACAUGGGACUAAAACGUUUUGGGUAACCAAGUAUUUGGCAACUCAUACAUGUUCCAUCCCAGACAGAAUCGCUCAGCGGAAAUGUUGUACUCCGAAGUACAUUGGUCGACUUUUCAUAGAUCGAGUUGGAAUCAUUGAUGGGUUGAAUCCGCAGCAUAUCAAAGAUGCAAUGAAGAACAUGUUUGGCAUGACCUUUGAUUACACCACUUCAUACAGAGCAUUGUUAUAUGCGCAAGAAAUGGUGAGAGGAUCAGCGGAAGAAGGCUUGAUCAGAGGAUUUAAGUAUCAGAGAAGGGUCAUUGUGGUAGAUGGGACUCACCUAAGUGGGAAGUAUGGGGGUACUAUGUUGGUUGCAGCCGCACAAGACGGUAAUUUUCAGAUAUAUCCAUUGGCUUUUGGGAUCGUAGAUGGUGAGAAUGAUGAAUCUUGGGAAUGGUUUUUCACAAAAUUGGCGAGCUGUGUAUCUGAUGAGUAUCCUCUGGUGAUAGUCUCCGACAGGCACGCCUCCAUUAUAAAUGCGUGUGAAAAGGUGUUUCCUUGGGCAACCCGAGGAAUAUGUUAUUAUCACCUUCAAGAGAAUAUUGUCAAAAAGUAUAAAGGGAAGCAUCUCUUGUACUUGGUGAAAGGUGCUGCUUAUGCUCAUACACUUUACGAUUUUGAUCGGUACAUGGAUGAGAUACGGAGUGCAAAUCCGGAUCUUGCUGAGUAUCUAGAGGAAGCCGAUGUGACCCUAUGGUCUAGGGUUCAUUGUCAGGGAGACAGGUACAACUUAAAAACGAGCAAUAUCGCUGAAUCAAUUAACUCCGCACUGAAGCGAGCAAGAGGAUUUCCUAUUCAGUUCCUGCUGGAGUUCAUAAGGGAGAAGCUAGGAAGGUGGUACUGGAAAAGGAGAGGAGAUGCUUUGAGUCUUACAACUCAACAUAGUCGGGGUGUUGAACACUUGCUUGCUGUCCGAGAGGAGAACGCGUAUACUCUGAGAGUCCAACAAAUUGAUGGAUGGAAGUUCUUUGUGAAAGGUGGCAAUAGGGACUGUAAUGUUGAUCUGGAACUUCAAAAGUGUGAUUGUGGUGUCUAUCAAGUCGAGAAAAUACCUUGCUCUCAUGCUAUAGCAGCUGGAACAGCAGCUGGUGUGCAUAUCUCCACACUUGUGUGGCCGGUCUACUCAAAGGAUACUUUGUUUGCAGGAUACUCAGAGAAUAUAUAUCCUUGUGUUGGACAACUUGUUGAGGCACGCACAUGCUUUCCUCCGGAAGUAAAGCGUGGUCCGGGGAGACAGAAGAAAUCAAGAUGGCAAUCUUGGUUGGAGCUAUCCAGGAUGAGAGGACGCAAACCCCGGAAGCAACACAGGGUUUAUAGGUGCUCAGUCUGCAAAGAAACUGGCCAUAAGCGUCCACAAUGUAAGAACUGA